UUUUUUGUAUAUUUCAGUAUUAGUGUUCGAACAGUGGAUUCAUUAGAGAGCCCCCAGACUGGUAACGGAUCUUUCGGUGUGAGCAUCACAGAGUCUCAAACUGUUCCGAUAUCCGACUCAACACAGUUUGAGGAAAUUAUAGACCUAACAGGUGUCCCUUCAAAGCCUAUAAAGUUUGGUGAGGGCUUUGUAAAUCAUAGUGAGGAUUUGUUGAAUUUAAACAACGGAGAUGGUGUUGAUAACGGGCACCUGAGUGAAGACGGAGAUGUGAACUCACAUCAAGUUGGUAUACCUAUUGUAGCGUUUGAGGAGAAUGCAACAAGAAGACAAGAUGUCACAGACCUCUUGUCAUGAAGACACAACUGAUGUAAAUGCAUCCAUGGUAACUGCAGAUCUUUCAUCCAAUCAGCACGCAGAAUCCAGCAUGGACAAACAUGAUGCUAUAGGGGCAUCCCAGCAUUCCCCUAGUGUCAAUAAUACACGCAAAUCUAAUAAUACAGAUUUCAAAUAUGUCUCUGUAGGAAAUCAUUCUAAUUAUAGAGAUAAUUCUGGUUGUCAUAGACACAAAAAUGAUUUAGGCCAGAAACUUGAUGACGACCCUGAAGAAAUUGAACGUGUAGACAAUUUGUGGUCCGAAGUUGAAGACGUUAUGGGUCGUCAGUAUUCGGAGACGUGUAAAGUGCUGGAGGUUUAUGGGAUAGGUGAGGGGGAGGGGGAUAGUGAGACAGAGGAGGGGCAAUUGUGGAGAAUGGUCCAGGGGGAUGCACCCUACACUCUAAAUAUUAUUUGAGAUAUUCGUAAGGUGUAAAUUAUUAAUAUAUUCAUAAUUAAUGCCAGAAUAAUAACUUUCUUGCCGCAAUCAGAUACUAAUCGGGUUCUUAAAACUGAAUCAUUGGUUUAGACAAGUACAUGAAUUCUGUUAAAUGUCUUUUGUGAAUGUUGAAAUUGUUAACAAAAUUAACAUUUGUGCAA